ACACACACACACACACACACCGGCAGCGGCGUCUGGUUUCCUUGGGGAGGAGGAGGAGGAGCUUGUCUGGUUUAGUGUUAUUGCUUUGCCACAUAGACACGAUACAGAGGUAUCGGCGUUGACGGUGAUAGCAGUUUAAACAGGGCCAGUGGCCAUGGCUAAAGACCCAUUAGCAGAGGCCGGCUUUUAUUUUGAUGAGCUCAACAAGCUAAGGGUACUGGAGCCUGAUGUCAGUCAGAAGACCUCAGAGCUUAAGGAGGAGUGUAAAGAAUUUGUGGACAAAAUUGGCCAGUUUCAGAAGAUAGUUGGAGGUCUUAUUGAGCUGGUUGAUGAAUUGGCAAAAGAAGCGGAGACAGAAAAGAUGAAGGCAAUAGGAGCCAGAAAUCUGCUGAAGUCUGUGGCGAAACAGAGGGAGGCUCAGCAGCAGCAGCUUCAGGCUCUCAUUGCAGAGAAAAAGAUGCAACUUGAGAGAUAUCGUAUUGAGUAUGAAGCAUUGUCCAAAGUGGAGUCUGAGCAGAACGAGUUCAUCGACCAGUUCAUUCUACAAAAGUAAGGAUGUGACUGAGACAGCAGAAAAUGUAUGACUUCUGCGAUCGCAUUUCCAGAGUGCCUGUCCUGUUUUCUCUGGGUGAUACCCACUUCAGAGAAAUCUCACUGCUGCAGCCCCUUUUUCUGAAGCAAUUCCAAAGCUCCAACUUCACCAGAAACACCUACACCUCCUCUUUACACCUUACUCCUGCUUGUGUGUGUAAAGUAACAUCCAGCUGCUUACUGUAGUUACUCACACUCUGGUCAGCAGGUGUGAGGAUUUACAGUGUUGUAAGCUUGAAUAUACUCAGAACAUUAAGUUUUGUUCACACCAAAUAUCUCAACAUCUCAGACCAACAUGGAAGAAGAUGGAGCUAUUUAUACAAAGGAAUAUUAUUUAUACUAUUUAUACUGAAGAAUUACUCUGUAUAUCUAGUUUUAUUACUUUUUGUAUCAAUUGAAAUACUGCAUGUGCAUGCAUUUGUAAAUACAUUUUGGUUUUAAAUAUGAGAAAAAAAACAACAUCCUGAUUCAAUCAUCUGUGUUAUUUUUAUCUUUUAUUCCAUUCUCGUACAGCCAGUCUGUGGCCACAACACAAGGAGUACAGUCUCAUCAUGCACCAUUAUCUUUCAUGCAUUAAUUAAUGACAAAUAGCUAUACUUGAAUAAAUACUAAAUACACAAGAAGAGGUAUGUUUUUUUGUGGUAAAAUGUUGGAAAAGCAGGGGAGCAAAUUUUUACAUUGUAUUAUUAUGUAUUGUUUCAAUAAAAAUGACUUGAUAUCCAUA